AUGUUAAUCAUUGCUGACAAGUCCAAGACACCGAACGAGAGAACGUUGGCCUUGAAGGGACUAAUCGCGUCCCAACCGGGACUGACCACUUACAUGGAGUGGGAGAAAAAGAACGAGCUGGUGGAGAGCGUAAUGGGCGUAAUUAUGAUAUCUCCACAUCCAGACAGGCUUGACGUUGUGGAACUGAUUGAAAGGAGUGCCAGACAACUUUCCAUGCCCACAGCCAAGUUGCCAAAGUUCACUGUUACUGAUGACUUCAACAAGUACUUCGAGGAGAACUGCAGCGUCCUCAUGGCCUUGAAUGAAGUAAUGCGCAUAUCCGCCAUCUGGAGUGCCAUGACACCGGAGGCUCAGAAGUCUCUUGGCUUGGACAUCCGUGUUACCAACUGGAACAAGUUCUCCAGCGCAAUGAUCAAUCGCUUCGCUUCCCACAAACCACGCACUGAGUUGGUGAGGGAAUUGACAAACUUGCGUUACACUGGUGAUACCGAUGUCUCUGCCUUCACCGAGAAGUUCAGGAAGGCCUGUGCAGCUGUCGAGUCAUCGGGCGUCAAGGACCUCAAGACGUUCAAGACCGUCAUGUUCACUUCCGCCUUCCCUGCUUCUGUCCGUAGCAAUUUGCCAAGUGACCUGUAUCUCAAUGGUGCGGAUUACACUGGUGAGUUAGCGCCGAUGGUCACUGAACUGAGCAAGAGUGUUGCCAAGAACAACAACACUCCCAAGGGUGAUAACAAACCUUUGACCAAGGAUGCUAUCAAGACGGCUACUGAUAAGAAGAGAAAGCUGGAGCACACUUCCACGUCUACUCCCAAACCUGAGGGAUGUUUCAGAUGCAAGUCUCUCAAACAUCAGGUGAGGAACUGCCCGUUGCCAGACGACCGCACUGAAGAGGAGAAGAAGGCAGCUGAGGAGAGGAAGGCACAAUGGAUCAAGUCCAAACAACCGGCCAAGUCGACGUACCCUGGUACCAAGACACCAGGCAAGACCAAGGAGAUUUCAACUGUUGCCAUUGUUGAUGACGACCGGCUGACCAAGGUCAAGAUUGAUUCGGGUGCUGACACCUCAGUCUUGCCUGCGCACUGGGCUCACAACAUGCCAUUGGAGAAGUCCGACACUGUACUUAGAGGAUUCGAUGGAUCAACUGUAGCCUCUAAGGGCAUAACUGUAAAGGAACUUAAAGUAAAGAACAAGUUUGGUCUUUAUGUGUCUGUGUCUGUGUGUUUUGAAGUGAUUGAUUGUGAUGAGAAUGCCUCGAUACUGAUCGGUAGAGACCAUCUUCAACACACCGCAUCAACACUCGACUUUGGUUCAAACAUCUGGUCAUUUAAUGAUGACAAAGGUCGACGUCAGGAAGUACCUCUGGGUGAUUCGAAACGAAAGACCUUUACUGUUUAUGUGGGGGGUCAGCUGCAUAGAGUAUCUGAAAUAUGCUAUGCUGGCGAGGUGGCUUUCAACCCCACAGAAGAUGGCACCAAAGCAAUGGGCCGCAACAUUUCAAAAUUGUCAAAAACUAUCGUGAAUGAGUUUUGCACAUUAUUGGAAUCAACUGGCAGAGAGAGAACGACUCUACCAGUGAGUCGACCUGGGUGGGACUAUGAGAUCUUCACCAAUGGAGAGAUACCUAAACCUUCGAUGUUUCCUGUACCCCACAGACUGAAAGGUGAGCUCAAAGCUCAACUGGAGGACUACUUGAGGAGGGGCUGGAUCUCUCGCGCUGAAUCACCUUAUGGUGCUGCUGUGAUGUUCAUCAAGAAGCCUGGCACGAACAAGUAUAGAUUUGAUCAUGUCGACUAA